GCAAGAAUCGGAAUAUCUCUUUUCGAACCACUUGUUUUCCACUGAGAUAUUUGCUGAUACUAAGUAUAUUGAAGCAAGAAAUGUUACCAAGAAGUCUUUCACACGUGUUGAUUAGACUUCAAGGAGUAAGAGUUUUAAGCCGUCAUACAAGUACAGCUUCAACAGCUUUCAGAAAGUUGUUAGAUAAUCAACUCACUGGAAUUAAGGAAGCAGGAACCUGGAAAAGUGAGAGAAUUAUUACUACUGAACAGGCAUCAGAGAUUGGCGUUAAGGGAAGAAGAGAUAAAAUCCUUAAUUUCUGUGCUAAUAACUAUUUGGGAUUAUCAUCAAAUCCAGAGAUCAUCCAAGCAGCUAAGGAUGCAUUAGACCAGUAUGGUAAUGGCUUGAGUUCCGUGAGGUUCAUAUGUGGAACACAGGAUAUCCACAAAGAACUAGAGGACAAGAUUUCCAGAUUUCACAAAACAGAAGAUGCCAUUCUAUAUGCAUGUUGUUUUGAUGCAAACACUGGUUUAUUUGAGACUAUUYUAAGUCCUGAAGAUGCUGUGUUUAGUGAUGCAUUAAACCAUGCUUCCAUGAUUGAUGGAAUAAGACUCUGUAAAGCAAAGAAAUUCAGAUAUGAGCAUGUUGAUAUGAAAGAUUUGGAAGCUAAACUCCAAGAAGCUGAAGGGGCCCGAGUGAAGCUGAUAGCAACAGAUGGUGUGUUCAGUAUGGAUGGUACUAUAUCUCCCUUGAAUGAAGUAUGYGACUUGGCAGAUAAGUAUGGUGCUUUAGUAAUGAUUGAUGAAUGCCAUGCUACUGGAUUCCUUGGAGAAACUGGAAGAGGAACAGAUGAGUACAGGAAUGUUAGAGGCAGAAUUGAUAUUAUUAAUUCAACUCUUGGAAAAGCACUUGGUGGAGCAGCAGGUGGAUAUACUACUGGCCCAUCAGAGUUAAUUCAAAUACUUCGCCAGAAGUCUCGUCCAUACCUCUUCUCUAAUACAUUACCUCCUGCCAUGGUUGGAGGAGCAAUCAAGGUAUUUGAUUUACUCAUGGCCAGUUCAUCCCUGACAAAGAAGAUUGCUGAUAACACCAAAUUCUUUCGAUCAAAAAUGGUUAAAGCUGGGUUUGAUGUCAAAGGAGGCGAAGAUGGUCACCCUAUUGUACCCAUAAUGCUUGGAGAUGAAAGACUUGCAGUGGAGUUUGCAGAUGAAAUGCUUGAGCGUGGCAUUUAUGUCAUUGGCUUUACUUUUCCUGUGGUACCAAAAGGUACUGCACGUAUAAGAGUACAGAUAUCUGCUGGACAUAGCAAAGAAGAGAUUGAAAGGUGUAUACAUGCAUUUGUUAGUGUGGGGAAAGCAAAAGGAAUCAUUAAUUAAUAAUUUUUAGGCUGUUAACAGUCCUUUUUCACUCCUAACUCAGAGUCGGUGUUUUUCACUCCCCGCUCAACCAUGUUUGGGAGAAACCCACCAUGACUGAGUUUGGAAGAAAGAAYGAAUAGUCAACAUUCUAUCCAAGCACUGAUAAUCAAAAUCCAAUCCAAGUUAGAGCCAAGCUUUUAGUAUAAGAAAAAAUAUUUUUUUUUCAAAUUAGUAACUCUAAAUUAUUUGAACAUCUUUACUUGUAAAUAAGUAUUUAAAUGUUUAUUUGUCAUUUUGCAACAAACAUUAUCUGAUGCACACUGUUAAACAGCUUGUUAAUUAAAUGUUUAGCAAUAUAUUACAGUUAGUCAUUGUCGAACUAAUAAAGUAAAAAUACUUAUA